AUGGCAGUCUCUUUCCAUGUUCGCUCUAACAGUUUCCCCUCUAGACCUCACCCACAAGCCGCUCAUGUCGAUGAGCAGUUGACUCGUUUGAGAUCUUCCGAGGAAGCCUCAACAUCUUCAAGCUCGUCUAUCUGCAAAAGACUUGACAACCUUCAAGAGCUUCACGAGUCUCUUGACAAGCUCAUACGCUUACCCGCUACUCAACAGGCUCUAGCUCAAGAACAGAACAAGAAAGCCAUCGAGCAGCUUCUUGAUGGAUCUCUAAGAAUCUUGGAUUUGUGCAACAUUUCCAAGGAUGCUUUGUCGCAUAUGAAAGAGGGUCUCAUGGAGAUCCAGUCGAUUCUAAGGAGAAAGCGCGGAGAUAUAUCAGGAGAGAUCAAGAAAUACGUAUCCUCAAGAAAAUCCCUCAACAAGUCAUUGCAAAAGGUGAUCAAGAGUUUGAAGAUCAAACAAGGGCAAGAGUACAACGAAAAAUCUAUUGCUAUGUUUAGAGAGUCAGAAGCUAUUACAAUGGCUCUUUUUGAUUCUCUAUUCUGCUUCAUAUCUGGAUCUAAGACUUGUGGCAAAUGGUCACUAGUCUCAAACCUAAUGAACAAGAAAAAGGUGACAUAUGAAGCACAAGAGAACCAAUUUACAAGGGUUGACUACAAAUUCCAAUCCGAGAAGAGUUUGAAGAUGGAGGAUGUUCAUAUCCUAGAGUCAUGCAUUCAAGAUUUUAAAGAUGGACUUGAAUCUCUGUCUAAAUCUUUGAUAAAAUACAGAGUCUCAAUUCUUAACAUCUUAGGCCACUGA